CAUAUUAACUGUAUAUAGAAUAUACUAUAGACUAAUUGUUGUAAUGUUUUUCAUUAGUAUACAUGAAAUCAACAUAUUUUCCAUUUUGUACCAAUAGGAAAUUAUGCAAUAAGUGCAUCAUCACAUCAGUCAAACUGUAACUUUUGAAUCAUCCUGCUAAUUUAACUCAAAUGUUUGUGUACUAAGAUCUCUCUGGACCUGUCUCACCUCUUAUUGCAAUUUCUUUUAUUGUUUUGCUCUUCAAGUUGAUUUCUUCCUUCCAUUCUGGGAUAUUGGGACAAUGAUGAACAAUCACUGUGGGCUCAGAAAUCUAGUGAUUGUUUUUUUAAAAUGUAUUUUAUACAUACUAAAUGUUUUCAGUGUGGCUUCUUUGUCACUUUUUCUUCCUCCUCCCAGAAGGAAAAAACAAAAAGCUUUGACCUCUUUGAUAUCGUGCUGGGAAGCUUCCUAAUAAGGUACUUGUACAGUAUGAGGCAGCCUUUUAGAUGUGUCACGUGACCGUGGUUGACUUCCUCAUAAGGCUGAGUGGGGGCACUGUUUCACUGUUGUGCAGGUUACACAUAGCAAGAGAAACCGCUUCAGCACCUCUGACAAUUUAGGCUUGCUUAGUCAUUCACUUUGUUUACCACUAAUGACAAAACAUUAAAAAUCACUGUGAUGUAAUUAAUGUUAAAGUGUAUGCAACUCAGCAAGUAUGAUGUCAUUGCUCUUUCAUAGGAUCGUUUAAAAUUAUAAGAAUAUGAAGGUAAGUCUUAAUCUGUGCUCUUUUGUCAUGAAGGCAACACUAACCUAGAAAUUUCAACAGUCUAUCCCAUUUUACACCUCAAUAGGACAACUUGAGGUGCAAAAUCACAACAGAAGCUUCUUUAUGUUUAGGACAGAGCCACAGAUUUAUUGGACAUGAUUUACUGUUACUGUAUAUAUUUUUUUACUACUCAGUUUUCAAGUUUGAUUUAUGGUGUAAUUCUUGUCUCAGAAGGAAUGAAUACUACUUCUGGAGUUCAGUGAGGGCUUGUUUUGACUUUGUCUAACCUUUUAAUACAUUAACAUAAUUUGCUCUCCACUUAUUUGGCAGGGCAGAGGACUAUUUCACAGCCAGACUCACCCUGAGAAGAUUUCCACCCCCUCAGCUUGAAGAUGGAGGAUGAACAUGUUCACUGUAUGUCCUGUGUUAACCAGAGAUGCAUGGCCAGACCUCAACCAGGCAUUUCUUGUGAUAUGAUGACCUGUCCUCAGGUGUGUGGGGCUGUAUUUCACUCCUGCAAAGCUGAUGAGCACUACCUCCUGUGCCCACUGUUGAGAGUCCCCUGCCUUAACAGUGGCUAUGGCUGUCCUGUCACCAUGGUGCGCAACCAAAUGUAUGCACACCUUGAGGUGUGUCCUGCUGGGGUGGUGUGCUGCACUAUGGAGUGGAACAGAUGGCCUGUCAGCUGCCUGGACUAUACUUCCUAUGAGAGCCUGAGUCGUGGGGUGGAGGAGGUGGAGCAACUGGACAUGGCACUUGCCCUUCAGGACCAGCGCACAUUGCUCGAGUCCCUCAAGGUGAUUUCUAUGGCACCCACUGCAGAGAAAGAGCCACUUGUCCCUGUAAGUAAGAGUAAAAUGGCAACAGACUCAGCUUUGCUUGCAUCUGUCCCUGAGGCCCCCUCCAUUGAGUUACCUUCGCAGUCAUCAUCCCCAUGUCCACCACCAUUAACUCAACCAGGCUCAGCAAAGGAGAGAAUUGUCAGUGGAAUUAAUGGGCUGAACGAGGAGCAUUUCACUAAACUCUAUGAGGCUACACUCGUGACUGCUAGAAGCUUAGCUGCUGCUUUGGACAUUGUUAGCAGUGCCAGCUCCUCUGACAGCAACAUACAGCAGGUAAACAGAGAGGCUGCUGAGCAUGAGAGUAGAUUGAUGAGCAAGAGCAACGCAGGCCUUCAGAAUGGACUGGAAGACAAAACACCUGUAGCUGCUGAUGGUUUUAAUAAAAGAGAGACAGAUGAGCAGAGUGUUUGCUCCAGUUGCUUGAGUGGAAAUGGGGCUCAGAAAGGAACAGAUGAAAAAACUCCAAACACAACAAACGGUCCACUGUCAGCAGCCACAGAGGCCUGUGUGGAGACAGCCUGUCCUGUUGAUGUGCAAGAUGAUGUUAAUGCUGGUGCUUCUGAGGAGCCAGGGACCCCUCCAGUGUCAUCUCCAGUGCACGUCAGCCAGGGUGUGGCACAGAGAGCUAGUCAUGUGGUGCUAGACGACAGGGGGCUAGUGCUCCUAGAAAACCAUGGGCCUCAGCGGAAGUUCCACAACUACCAGUUUUUUAGGGGUCAGGGUCAGUGUUCAUUACCUAAUGGACGAAUAGGAUUCAUCCCAGACAGGUCACUCUUUCGCUUGCGACCCAAAAUGGAGGACAAGGCGGUGGAUACCUCAGACCUGGAGCAGGUUGAUGACCCCAUGGGUCUGGGAGAGAUUGAUCUGAUCACAGCAGCCCUGCUGUUCUGUCUAGAGGAGUCCAGAGAGUGUAGAAGGAUCUCUGAUACAAUCUAUGUUGAUGGCUACCGUGUUGACUUUGGCACACAGACUUUCACUUUCCCUGCAGCCAUCUUGGUAACCAACACAAGAGUGGGUGACAUGGCCUCUGCAUCUGCCUGUGACCAUGCUGCCCCCCAGCUCACCUACCCCAGCCCUUUCCGCACUCUUCGCCUUGGCCUUGUCUUGGAAGCUCUGGAGGUUGAGGCAGUCCCACAUAACCGCUACCUCCCUCCGAACCCCCGCUACCAGCACAUGUUUCCCUUUGUCUGUGGCCAGUCGUUCCGCAGGGAUCAGUUUUCUUCUCAUUUCACCAAUGUCCAUGGUGACAUUCAUGCUGGUCUCAAUGGUUGGAUGGAGCACCGCUGCCCCCUGGCAUAUUACGGCUGUACUUUUUCCCAGAGGAGGUUUUAUCCCUCCUCCAAGGGGGCCAAGGUGGUUCAUGACAGGCACCUCAGGUCUUUUGGGGUUCAGCCUUGCCCAAGGGCAAGUCUUCCAAGUAACACCCAAUCUGACCAAUUUAGUGGGCUGCCCAUUGAGAUACUGUGGCACAUAGCUGGGUUCCUAGACAGUUUUAGCCUGUGUCAGCUGUCAUUGGUGUCACGGACUAUGAGGGAGGUGUGUGCCAGUCUCCUCCAGACCCGAGGCAUAGUGGAGCUGCAGUGGGAGCGAAGGCAAUGCCAUGGUGCUCAUGGCACUGUGUCAUGGCAGAUCAAAAACAGAGUGUGGAGAUUCAGCACUGCCUUCAGCCCAGUGUUGUCAUGGGGUUUCACUGAUCUCCCCAGCAUGUCGGACCAUCUUAAAAGGUGCCACUACAACACAGUGGAGCACAAGACGGAGCCUGUUCCCCUUCCUGCCAUGUGUACUGCACGAGACGGAUACUCACUGCGUCGCGUCUUGCGUCACGUUAACGCCUGACCAAACAAGACUGAUCUCCCGUAGCUGCUCAAGUGUCACUCUGGUAUUAUGUGGAUGUUGCAAUUAUUUAAAAAACAGUUAACUCUUCCUGUAUUACACUAGAUUGUGAAGAAGCCUUAAUGACAUAACACACUACUUGCUACAGUGAAGGAAUAUAUUGAGCAUUUAGCUUUGCAUGGGUUUAUGCUGCAAAUUCACUCGUAUUCUGAUAAGAUAAAGUAUAUUUUCUUGAAGACAAAUAUGCACAAUAGAUUUAUAUUAUUCUGUGUGAUAUACUGAAAAAAUGGAAAAAGAUUUAAAUGUUUUCACUAUCUUGCCUUUCCGUAGUAGCCAUGGGGAAAAAGCAAAUUGUCGGUUAUAUUGCAUCAUUUCUGUGUAACAGAGGUUAUGCUAGCACUUUACACAAGAUUUGCUAAUCCCCCCUAUGUCGCUUGGUGACCCUAAAUGAUCUAGUUUUUCUGAUCCCUGUAGAGGGUGUCUAUCCGAUGCAAACUAGACUCAUGUCCACACUGUUGUCUGGAUCUGUAGGAUGUCAGGACAUGAGUCAAAACAUGGAUAUUUAUAUGAGGAUUGCCCAAUAAUGCAUGU